AUGAAUCCUAGUGGAGCAUCGAAUGAAGAUAUUUUAGCCCAAGCAAAAAUAUUACUUAUGCAGGAUCCAGGCUAUAGUAAGGGUUUCAAAUUCGACCAUGUUUGGAAUAUCAUGAAAAAUUUUGAAAAAUUUAAUAAUAUUAGUAAGAAAAGUACAAACUUUGUAUCAUCAGAGUCGGACAGUCCUAUGUCUGAUUAUCUUACGGGAUCUCCAGGUUUAUCAAAUUUUUCUAUGAAUUUAAAUGAUGAUGGCGCAGAAGAUAAUAAACAACUAAGGGAGAUGAUGAAGAAAAGUCAGUCAGACAGAGGUAUAUAUAUGGAAAGUAAUUCCAAAAAUAUGGCACUCAAAGAAUUUAGGGAAGAAAAUAAAAUUUUGAUGAUGGACUUGAAUUCAAUUGUUGAUCCAAAUAUUCGUGCAUAUUGGGAAGUCGAACACAGACAAAUAUUUCAAAAAAGAGCUCAACAAUCAUCCUCUACUUCAAAUACUUUUGGUGACUAUUUUACUAAUAUUGGUGGAUCCGAUACCAAUCUACCAGAUUAUUGA